AUGACAAUCUACCAAACCAGAGAGAUCAGCGUCCCGCGGGAUGUUAAUCUCACGGAACUCCUACAUAGUUCCCCCCGGGAUGAGCCAACUCCCCCAUCCCACGUCAUUACAACCGACAGCUUGACCAACCGCAGUCUAACACUUGGAGAGCUGCGCGACCAUGCCGGAAGACUGGCUCAGGGUUUCAAGACGCACCUGAACGCGCAAGACAGAGACCGCUGGGCCCUGAUCUUGCCCAGCUCGGUCGAGUUGGUUGAACUCUUCCAUGCAGUCUUGUGGUCCGGCGGUACAGCCUGUCCCAUCAACCACGCGUUGAAGGCCAAAGACAUUGCCCACGCCCUUGCAGUGUCGAGACCCAAAUACGUUGUCGCAUACACCGGCGCGCUCAAGGUCAUCGAGGAAGCGAUUCAGCUGGGCAAGAAGCAGCUUGCAAAAGCGAAUAUUGACUGGAAGACCCCUGUUAUCAUCACUGUGAUCGGGAAAAGAAUCCCGGGCUAUCAACAUGUUCCAAAGGACUUCCUCGAGGAUGAGCCCUUGCCAAUUCCGCACUGGGACGAUACCUCGGAUCGCAUUGCCACUAUCCAUCUGACCUCCGGCACAACCGGCAGCUCCAAGGGCAUUCAACUCUCUCACUACAAUUUUGUAGCUCAAUGCCAUCAACUGUGGCACCAUGACCCGAAUCUAUGGCCCAGCGACUAUCGCCUGAUUGGCUAUACCCCAUGGGUGCAUAUUGCCAUGACCACAGUGCCAAUGUUCCUCGGUCCUUGGGCAGGUCUGAUGCACCACGCCAUGCCAUCGUUCAACAUUGAUGGCCAUGGCGCCUUGACCAAGUCAAUCCAGCCUACCGCAUUCCAAGGAGCACCAUCUGCCCUGCUUCCUUUGCUCCGAAACCCCAAGCUCCGCGAGAAAUACGACUUGUCCCGAAUGAAGCAUCUGCUUAGCUUGGGUUCGGGAGAUACGGAAGAGUAUUCCAAGGGAGUGCUCGCUCUCGCGGAUUGGCAGCAGAUCAAUAUCUACGGCAUGACGGAAGCUUCCCCGUAUAUUGCCUAUAAGCGCCAUGAUAGCAACCUCCCCCGGGGUGUGGUUGGCCAUCUCAUGCCAAGCGUCAAGGCGAAAUUGAAGGUUCCUGGCACAUUCGACGAUGCCCCGAAAGGAAGCGACGGCGAGUUGUGGGUUAGCGGUCCCAAUCUGGCCUCUGAAUACAUCGGAGUCGGCAAUAUGGACGAGACAAAUGCAGCGGCUUUCCCCGAGCCCGGAUGGUACAACACCGGUGACGUCUGCAAAAUCUCCGAAGACGGCGUGCUUUCCGUGGUGGGCCGAACAAAGGAGCAGAUGAAGUACAAGGGCUUCCAGGUGAAUCCGGCCGAGUUGGAUGUUUUCCUACUUAGCCACCCACAUGUCCUCGAUGGAGCCGUUGGCUCGAUUUGGGAUGACCAGGAACUCACCGAGUUGCCGACGGCCUAUGUGGUCUUGCGGCCGGAAUGCAAGGGCAAGGAGCCCGAGUCACUCCGACGUAUUCAGCGGGACUUUGACACUGAAGUCGGGGGCUACAAGAAGUUGCGCGGUGGAGUGUGGGCUGUUACUCAGAUUCCUCGGAAUAUCACUCACAAGGUUCUGAGGAAGGAACUGAAGAACCAUAUCACUGGCCUUUGCUCACUGGAGAAGAGCCAAACCAAGCUUUGA